UGCCCUUUCCGACACGCCCCACGCGUCCGAAGGAGGAUCUUCUCACGCCUGUACUGCCAGGGUAGAUUCGAUUUCUGAGCUGCGGAUACCUUCUCUCUCAAUUAUUAAAGGGAAAAAACAUGAAGCAGAAUAAACAUGAUGCCAUUGUUUGUGAACCUAAAGAACUUCUGAAUCCCUCUCCCAAAGUAACAAAUUGUUGCAAAUCACUGUGGGUGAAAUACAGUUUUCAGAAGUCGUACAUGACCCGACUUGCCAGCAACCAGCUAGUUUCAGCCAUGUCAAGGAACCCAGAUCACAAUCCACCUCCUCAGCCCAAGGUGGAUAGCAUUGGCCAGAACUAUCCCCAGGAGGAAAUAAUACACAAGUUGGCCGUGCAGCUGAAAAACAUUGGGGACAGCAUUGAUCAUAGGAUGGUUCAAGAGGAUCUGCAACAGGAAGGCAGAGAUGCACUGGCUCAUUUUGUCUUAGUUUUCUUUGGAGGAGUUCAUGUGCUGCUGCGCUUUCUCUGGAAUAACCAUUUGAUGUAAAAAGAAUGUCAAUGUCAAGUUCUGUUUUCCUUCUGCCCUCUGAGAAACACGAAUCCCACCUGGACAGAUAGGAAGAAGACACUUUUCAUCUCCCUCUCUUUUUACCCGUCACUGUUCGUUUUUACCUGGUUAGUUGCAGAACUGCGGACUCACUGACCAUUAUUCUCUUCAGAGGAACCGGCUAUGAACGUCUGCGAUUGCCUCCUGGUAGAGCCCAAGGUGUACUUAGGAACCCAGGAGGCACUGUGGGUG